GCCCUGCACUGUAUAUUCUAGUCAGCUGAACACGUUGAAGCAGCAGCAGUAGCCUCUCCUCCUCCUCCAGCUCCUCCUCCCACCCUACAGACUGAAAUCCUGCUCCAUAAAUUCUAUUUGGUCGCAUUAAACCGAGCAAAGAUGGCGCUCCUGCUGCUGUCAGCACCUCGGACAGCUCCUGACUCCUCCAGCUCCAAACUCAACCUCUGAUCUCUGUUGAUUUACACGCAGAGGUGUCACAUGUCUGAUCUGGAGCUGUAUAGAUGAUGUGACUGCAUCCAGGUGUCUUUGGGAAGCUGUGUGCAACCAGAACCAGAACAAGGGGGAAUACAAAUCUGGAUCAACUUGACUGCUAAACAGGACUCCCUCCUCUUCCUCCUCCUCUUCCUCAGCAGCUACAGUCUCUAGAUUGAAGAGUUCAGGAGGAGAAAUGGAGGAGCCGCCGGUUCGGAGAAGGAGAAAUGAAACCAAGAACAUUUAGUGUCGCCUAGUUUCCUUUUCUCUCCUCUCCAGAGCUCUGCAGUUUCACUUUUGUUUUUUUUGUAUUUGCACCGCCGGUUGUGAAGAUGUUGCAGCUGCUGCUGAUGAUGUCUUCUCUGGUUUUCAGCCGAGGAUUUGCUCUCAGCUCCCAUUUCAGCUCAGAUGGCGCUCCGCUGAGUGAGCUGUCCUGGUCGUCGUCCCUGUCCGUGGUGGCCAUCUCCCUCUCGGGCCUCUUCACCGUCGUCUUCCUCAUGCUGGCCUGCCUCUGCUGCAAGAAGAGCAAAAGCGGCUUCAAGGAAUUCAAGAAUGUGGACGGGGAGGAGUACCAUGCAGACAUGUCCACGUUGGCCUCGCCGGCCUCCAAGGGCAGCCCGGACGUCUACAUCCUGCCGCUCACCGAGGUGUCGCUGCCGGUCGCCAAGCAACCUGCUCGAUCAGUCCAACUCCUGAAAUCCUCAGAUCUGAGCCGCCACAGUCUCCUCUACCUGAAAGAGAUCGGGAAUGGCUGGUUCGGGAAGGUUCUGCUGGGGGAGGUGAACGCAGGCCUAAACACCGCCCAGGUGGUGGUGAAGGAGCUCAAAGCCAGCGGCAGCGUGCAGGACCAGAUGCACUUCCUGGAGGAAGCGCAGCCUUUCCGGUCCCUGCAGCACCCGGCCCUGCUGCAGUGUUUGGCCCAGUGCACCGAGGUCACUCCCUACCUGCUGGUGAUGGAGUUUUGUCCGCUGGGGGACGUGAAAGGUUACCUCCGGAGCUGCAGGUCCUCAGAGGCCAUGACCCCAGAGCCCUUGAUUCUUCAACGGAUGGCUUGUGACAUCGCCUCAGGACUGUUGCACAUGCACAAACACAACUUCUCACACAGCGACCUGGCUCUGAGGAACUGCUUGUUGACCGCUGAAGUCUCAGUGAAGAUCGGAGAUUACGGCCUGUCCCAGAACAAGUACAAGGAUGAUUACUACGUGACCACAGAUCAGAUGUUCGUGCCGCUGCGUUGGAUCGCUCCGGAGCUGGUGGACGAGGUGCACGGAAACCUGCUGGUGGCUGACCAGACCCAGCACAGCAACAUGUGGUCUCUGGGCGUGACCAUCUGGGAGCUGUUUGAGUUGGGCAACCAGCCCUACAGACACUACUCCGACAGACAAGUCCUGACCUACGCUGUGAGGGAGCAGCAGCUGCGUCUGCCCAAACCGCUGCUCAAAGUGCCGCUGGCCGAGCGCUGGUACGAGGUGAUGCAGUUCUGCUGGCUCCAGCCCGAUCAGAGACCCACCGCAGAGGAAGUCCACUUGCUGCUCAGUUACCUGUGUGCCAAGGGGGCCAGCGAGGCCGAAGAGGACUUUGAGAGGCGAUGGAACUCCCUGCGUCCCAACACCGUAUUCAACAGCCACCGCGCUGCCUCGGCAAUGCCGCGAGACCACCCCUCGUCCACCUCCUCCUCCUUCCCGCUCCUGGAGCAGUUCUCGGCCGGCGACGGCUACCACUCGGAGUCCGGGGACGAUAUACUCACCGUCACGGAGACCAGCCACGGCCUGAACUUUGAGUACAAGUGGGAACAAGCCAGAGCAGACCAGUCGUACAGAGCCUCGGACUCCUCUAGCACCCUGGGCCAGGUCGGCCAUCGCUGUCCGGAAGCGUUUUACCCACCGGGGGGCAUCGUGGGAGGCUGCCCCAUGGAGAGCCUCAGCCACGGGGUUUCUCCGUCUUACUACCAGUCCAAACAUCUACAUGCUCCAAGCAUACUCCCCGUCCUCAGUGCGCACAGCCCUUCAGUAAGCAGUGAAUACUACAUCCGCAUCGAAGAGCCAGUAGACUGUAACGUUGACCCGGACUAUACCAUGUGCCCCUACAGCCCAGACUACCAGGGCAGCAGUGGGAGCUUCCUGACUGGGAGUGCGGACUCAGGCGAGUGCAUGGCUUGCCCGUCACAGGCUAAGAACAUGGAUCCCUACUGGUCAGCGGAUAUCCAUAAGUCAGACAUGUACGACUCCAAUGACUCAAGUCCUGCUAUCUCCCUGACAAUGGAGCCCCUUUUAGGGCAAGUGUUGGACAACAGCCCGCUACGACCCUGGGAGUCUAGUCACUAUGUGUCUUAUAAAGACAGAGAUGGGGGUUACUACUACGAGCACUCGCCCCCUUUGGGAAUAAAUCCCUACCUGAUAGGACGUGAUUCCUCCAGUGGGCGUCAUCAGGAGAGCUGGGGGUCAAGGAGCCUGCGUCAGGCCUUAGGUGAGCUGGAGAACCCGCUCGGUAUAACUCCCGCCGUCGGCAGCGCACCUCAACAGGCCUACAGAGACCCAUACCUGGACACGAGUCAGACCUCCAUCAUAGGGAAGAACGUGUCCGGAGGCUACUACGACAUGAUGGGCUCCCUGAGGAAGACAAUGCCCAGCCACACCAGGCACAGCAGCCACUCCGUCAGCAUCAACAUGGAGACGGAGGGGGCACUCUUCAUCGGGCACCGAGACAGCGAUACGGAGGAGGAAGACGAAGAGGACAUAUUUGUCGAGAGACACACCUGCAACACUUGGCCUUCAAAACACCGUCACAGCAGCGGCGGCGGCAGCGCCGGUCACCACAGACGAGCGAGCCACAGCUGCAGACAGGACGCGUACGUAGAUUUCCACUACACGAUGCCGAGCACGGACAUCGAGGACUCGUGGCCGGAGGAGCACAGCCUGGCCUUCCACUCUCUUCCCAAACCCGUCGACUACCUGGAGCCCAUCCAGGCCAAAGAUAACAGUGCCUGCCUCAGUCUGAGUAAACAUCACGCCAUGGUGCCCUCAGACAACUGCAACGCCUACAUCUACCUGUGCCGCGAGGGUGAGACUCAGGUGCCGGCGUCUGAGAGAGAGUGCUGCCACUCGCACUUUGUCGACCCGCUCACGGGCUUGCUGGUCAGAAACAACAGCUACAGCCACGGCUACAGUCACAGCAGCUACGUCAGCGAUAAGGCCGUCGACGUCCCGAGCAAUGACGAGAUGAUCAAUCUAUCGCCGGCUCCGGGGGGGCCCAUUGUGGCCAAACCGGCCUUGAUAAAGCCAGAGGACAGCAGAGAGCAGUUGGUCGACCUCACAGCCGAUGAGACGCUCUUCAAAGAGAAGAAAGACGAUUUAAUAAAAGAAAAUCUAAUCAUGCAAAACCCACCACAGCCUAAAAUAGAAGACGUGACGCUGACGAUGACUGUGGCCGCUCCGCCUCCUGAAGACAACAUGCACGUGAUGGUGGUGAUCACAGACCCGCCGUCGGAGUCGAGUCAAGCUGGCGACAGCGGUGUCGACCGCUCCAGCGUGAGCCUCGCCGACAUCCUCGACUGCAGCGACGGCGACAACGACGAGGACGACGACAUCACAGACGACAUCACCGACGUCACCUCGGGCAUCUUCGCGGACGAGUCCAGCGAGCUGAACGUUUCUCCCGCCUUCAAGUCGCUGCAGAAGCAGGUGGGAACCCCCGACUCCAUGGACUCCAUGGAUCUGCCGUCUGCGGCCGGGUCUUGCGAAGGCUUCAGCCCGGCGUCCUCCCACCCGUCCAGUUCACCUAAAGCGAUGGACAGCGGCUAUGACACGGAAAACAACGAGAGCCCCGAGUUUGUACCCAAAGAGCCUCAUGAACCCCGUGAACAAGCUCUGGGGAAGCCUGACCUUGAUAUGAGCCUGGAGGAGGACAAGGAGCUGGAGGAGGACAAGGAGCUGGAGGAGGAGGAGGAGGAUAAAGUGGAGCCCACAGAGGGUGAAGACUCACAGACAGGCGAACCCGUUCUUUUACCACUCAGCGAUAAGACGCCAUACAGAGACUCUGCCUACUUUUCAGACUAUGAGAAUGAAAGACAGUCUAGAGAUGAGGGGGAGGAGCUGGCAGAGAGAGGAAGAGAUGAAGAACAUGUGGAAAUGGACUUGGGAGAAAAGAAGGGUGAGAAGAGGAAGAACGAGGAGCUCGAUGACGCUGCAGUGAACAAAGACAUCAAACUUGAAAUGAAACACUUAUCAACAGGAGGAACCGAAUCCUCGUCUCCACCAGAGAUGGACGCGUAUCUGUCAGGUCAGGAUGAGGUUCUGGGUCUUCCUCUGGAGCCCUCUGACGCUGCUUCACUAGCAGAGGGCGGGCUGGACGAAUGGCCGUCUCAGGAAGAGAGCUCGUCCCUCGGAGACUGGGCGGCGGAGGUGGUGGGAGCCAUGGAGGAAGCCCUCGGCGCCCUUAAUGGAGAUUGCUCCUCCAACAUCAAGGAAGAAGAGGAGGAGGAGGAGGAGGAAGUAGAAGUUCAAGAUUUAGAAACAACAGAAGAGAUCAAGACGAUUCAAAACAGAGCAUCCUGUGAAAUCCUGCACACGCUACCCAAAGACGAGGUGGCCUUGCAGCACACGGCGAACACCAGGAGGUUUUCUUCCUCCUCUCCUCCACCUCCGUCCACCCCUCCUCCAACGGAGGGCCGAGGGUCUCCGGCUAACGGGGACGAGGCGGACGAGGAGGACGGCGACACCGACGACAGUGACGAGUCGGACGAGGAGCUGCGGAGCUACAGCGUGCAGGAGCAGAGCGGCGGGGAGGAGAGCGAGGACGAGUUCCACCCGGUGCCCGUCAUCGUGAGCGACAACAGCGAAGCCCACAAACUGCGCAGCCUCUUGAAGAUGCCGACGCUGCUCACCACGGAGAGCCUGGAGGAGGCGCUGGAAUCCAAGAAGAAGACGGUGUCUUUUUUUGACGACGUCACCGUCUAUCUGUUCGAUCAGGAAAGCCCGACGAAGGAGCUGUCUGAGCACGGCUUCCCUUUAGGAGCAGAUGGUCAGAGUUCACAGAGCAAAUCCCAAGAGAAGCUCAGCGCCUCGGAUGACUCUUCAGACGGGAACAUCUCAGAGGAGAGUGCAGGCUACGAGUGGGAGGACGACUUCCCUCUGCUUCCUCUAUCAACGUCCUCCGUGGCGUCUGACUCCCCUCCACCUCGCUCCAUCCCCAAAGCUCCGGAGCCCAAACCGGCCGUACAGUUCUCCCGCUUCACCGUCUCCCCCUCCAACGUGUCCCGGUUCUCCAUCACUCACAUCUCCGACUCUGACAUGGACUCCGCAGGAGGAAGCAGCGAGGACGGGGACAAAGAAUAAUGAGCUGUGGAUAUUUACUGCCUCUCUCCGAGACAACGACUCGAGACUCGCAUGAUUUCUAAUUUAUUUUCUAACGUCAGGUUUUAGAAAACACAAGACAGUGCCUCUUUACCGCCUGUGGACACUUUUGAAAGGUCCGUGUGACCUAAGCUGUUUAGAAUACUGAAAAGAGAAUGGUUAAUAUAUAAAACAGAAUAUUAAUAUAUAUACUGUAUGUACGAUGUAAAGAAUCUAUGAAAGCGGAGGAAACUUUGAAUUGUGCAUAUUUUUCGGAUCAAAGAGACACAAUGGAAGGACAGACCUUUUGGAAAGCAUCACAUUUACCACCUCGUUCACUUCUUAGUUUAUGAUGGGAAGCAUUCACCGGAGUGUGGAACCACCUGGACUCACAGAAGACGGUUCAAAGACAACCUUUCGGCUUUUCAUCAGAGGAUCAGCACUUUGAACAAGACCGUACAGACUUUAUACUUUUUAGGAAACUGCUUUACUUGUCUUAAUAAAUAUCGACGAGUUAUCCUUGAGGUAUCACAAGUAAUAUAAUGUUUAAUAUUUGGGACUAGCGUGUCAGAAGGAAGCAAAGGGAAUUUUAAUGUCUAGUUACAGAAUGUUUUUGUGGAAACAGCUGAUCAAACCUGGACAAUGUGAUAUUGUUUUGUUGUUUUUUUUGUAUCAGGACCACUACUGUACUAUUUUACUGUUUUACAUUCAUAUGUGGCUCAUUCUCUCCACCGAACUGAGUGCCAGCACCGUCGUCACAACCCUCUCCAUGGUAAACAUCAGGCACAACAUCCGCACUAUAGUACGACGGAGUAUUAGGGCCACGUUGAGGGAAGACAAAUCUGAGAUUUUGAGAAUAAAGUCGCAAUAUUAUGACUUUUUUCUCGUAAACUUCUGACUUUAUUCUCAUAAUAUUAAG